UCUACUUGUUUUCUGGAGUCAAACUCAAGGACUUUUAUUGUGUAAAGCUCUCGCGCGCUGGUUUCCGGCUUCACAGAGCAGCAGCAGCAGCAUGGCUCCAGGAGGGAAAAUAAACAGACCCAAAACUGAACUGGCAAAGAAUCUGUUCAAGAGACGGAGAGUUCAGAGUCGAGAGAAGAAGAAGAACAGGAGAAUCACAGGAGCCGUGAUCGACCGAGACCUGAUCACCAAACACCACCUGAAGAAGAGGAGCUCCAGCUCCAGGGCGAACAUCACUCUCUCAGGGAAGAAGCGCAGGAAGUUGAUCAAGCAGUUGGUGCACAUGGAGCGAGAGAAAGGUGAGACGAGGAAUCCUCCCGCUGCUGUCACUCAGAAACCCGUCAGGAUCCGUGGAAAAUCUGCGGCGGAAGUGGAAGUGAUGGAUGUGGAAUAGGAGUGUGUGUCUCAAACACUAUAAACACGUGUGUGUCGAGAAGAAGGACAGCAGAGACUUCAUUAACAUCACCAUCGUCACAUUAAUCAGCGUCAGUCUUUCUUCUGGAUCUUCAUCAUUUGCUCUGAUGAAUUAAAGAAGCUGUUGAUGUUUAUAGAUAUAAUAGAUAUAAUAAAUACAAAACACUGUCACAUGAUCCUCCAGAAAUCAUCUUGAUAUGAAACAUUUAUGAUUAUUAAUGUUGAAAACAGCUUCAGAUUUAAUUCUUCAGGAUUCUUUGAUAAAAAGAAAGU